AUGCGGAGAAACGAGAACCCUCGUAUACUGCUGGUGGGAAUAAAAAAAGAAAAUAAGAGUAGAGAGAAGUGCCCUGCAGGAUGUUUGAACCUGCUUUUCCUGUACACUGAGGUUGGCUGGCAGCCUGGGACGCCACAGGAAUGCAGAGGAUGCAGGUGGAGUGGACAUCGCGGGCCUGCCAGCCCGAACCGGCAUGAGCUCGCUGGCAGCCACGCGGUUCGCCACCGGAGAGACGAGCACAAGCCGGGGGCCACAGCAGUGGGCACGGGGAGCCGUCUCUCCCCGAGCGGAAGAACACUGCGCACGCGCAGAGCCCCCUUGCCCGGGCCGGGCCGGGCCUUCGCCCCUGAGCUUUCGUCUGCCCGCGCUGCCCGCUCACCCGCGCCGGGUUCCCCGCCCACUCCGCGCCCGUGUCGGUCGCGACUGCGCGCGCAGAGCCUAAGCGGGCGCCGGCGGGAAGGGGACGCGGAGCCUAAGCGGGCGCCGGCGGGAAGGGGACGCGGUGGUAAGAAUGGCCUGCGUCCCGGGUGCGUCUGUGACGAGGUUGGGAACUUCCCCUUUGGCUCUUCGGCUCUCGGGACCCGAGGAGGAAAGACAGAGAAGCUUCUGGAACCGGGUUCCUCGUGCCGCUCAGAGAUGCCUCUGACAGUGGAAGUGUUUUCAACCCCCACCGACCUUCGCGUGGUCCGCUCCGUUCCUGCCUCUCUCCCCGCCCCCCUAGGAAUCGAAGGCCGAGCCCCGGGCCAGUCUUGCUCUCACCAGACAGAUCUGCGACUUCAGCAACGCCGUAACGUUUAUCCGCAGCAGUUUAGGAGUAACUCUCCGGGCCCAGCCCCCAACUCAGGCACAAAGAGCUUCGUGUUUUGUUUUGUUUUGUUUUGUUUUGUUUUGUUUUUGAAGCCUGUUCGUCCUGGAAUUCUUUCUGACACUCUUUGCCGACGCAGCUUCCAAAUGCCCUCGGCAGUGAAUGCAAGGCCACCAAAUAGGUCUUUCUUUACUUCCUCUGGGCGUCUCCACCGUUUCCUAAUAAUCUGCCUUUCAAGACCAGAUUAUGGGCGACAGUCCUUUUAAUUGAUCUAUCAUCAUGGCUAAUGAGGGCUAUCCCAAGGCUGGUGAUAGUCCUUUUUCAUCAGAUAAACAUGCCCAACUCAUCUUGGCCCGGAUCAGUAAAAUGAGAAGUGAACAGCAUUUCUGUGAUGUGCAGUUGCAAGUUGGGAAGGAAACCUUUAAAGUUCACCGGCUGGUUUUGGCUGCCAGUAGUCCUUACUUUGCAGCUUUGUUCUCUGGAGGAAUGAAAGAGUCCUCAAAGGAUGUUGUACAGAUUCUAGGAAUUGAAGCUGGAAUCUUUCAAAUACUUCUAGAUUUCAUUUACACAGGUAUGUUAA